AUGUCGAACACUCAGGGAAGGGUCGAUAAUUAUCCGACGCUUAGUCUCCCCUUUGACUCGAUGAAGGAGGAGUAUGACGUUGUCAUUGUGGGAUCUGGGUAUGGCGCUGGGGUAGCAGCGAGUCGCAUGGCUCGCGCGGGGAAGAGCGUUGCAGUGUUGGAACUUGGCUGGGAAAGGAAACCUGGUUCGUUUCCGAGCUCGUUCUCGCAAUGUUUGAGGGAGAUGAGUAUUUCUGGAAGCUCGUCCAGGAAUUCGUUUCUCCCCAAUUGGCUAUCUUUUGAUAAUCCCACUCAAUUGUUUCAGUUGUUCAUGGGCGAUGGACAACAUGCUUUCUCUGCUCAUGGACUUGGGGGUUGCUCAUUGAUAAACGCCGGUGUCUUUCUCAAGGCUGACGAGGCAACACUAAAUAUGAGCCCGUGGCCAUCAGAAAUCAGGAAUCACCCAUCCGAGCUAGACGACUACUACGCACGCGCCGAAGCGAUGCUCCAACCAACCCCAUAUCCCAAGAGCCACCCAAAACUGAAAAAGCUAGACCAUCUCCGCCGCGAGUCAAAGCUGCUAGAAAAAGGUAAAAAUUUCUAUCGAACACCUCUAACAAUAUUCUUCCACGAUGGUCGAAACAACGCGGGUGUUCCCAUGCAGGCAAACCGUGGCUCGGGUCACGAGUCUACAGGUCUUAAUGAUGGAUCCAAGAAUUCCGUGGCUGUAACGUACCUUGCAGAUUCCUGGAAUUGGGGUGCUGAGAUCUUUUGUGGAUGUGAGGUACAGUACGUGGAGAAAUCCGCGGAUGGGGUGGGAUAUACAGUUCACUUUUCGUGGCAUGGAUCUGGGAGAUCGGUUUUCAAAGAUGAUUUCAAGGAGCAGCUAUUCUGGGUCAAAGCAAAGGAAUUCUGUUUCUUGGGAGCCGGCUCCCUAGGUACUACUUCCAUCUUGCUCAGAUCAAGAAAACAUGGGCUAUUGAUGUCUCCACUCGUUGGAAGGAAUCUUUCAGGGAAUGGCGAUCUGUUGCUAUUCGGUUAUAAUGGCAGCGCUGAAAUCAACGGAAUCGCUCGAAGACCGUCUUCACAAGGAACAGAUCUACCUGGGCCAACUGUAACUGGUGUGAUUGAUAAUCGAGUCAACGGGACGUCAAAAAACCCUUUAUCUGGAUUCGUUAUUCAAGACGGCUGUAUUCCAGAGCCAUUCAACCCUGUCAUAAACUUAAUGCUCACAGCACAAACGAUAAAGAGUCAAGCUCUGUCACUUCUUUCAAGUCCACGUUACGGAGCUUUGGGGGUAUUGGCUGCCGUGAAAUCCUUCCUGCUAGGCCCUUAUGCUAUCGGUGGAGCUCUCCAACGAACCUCGACGUAUCUCAUAAUGUCCCAUGACAGCAACGAGAUAACACUCACACUAAAGGAUGGUCAGCCUCAUUUACGUGCACCGAAAGAAGGUCGGUCCGGACAUUUCAAAUGGAUAAAGGGGCUUCUAGAGGAGCUCUUCAUUCUCACGGGGGCUAAAAUGGGAUAUUCUUAUUUCUACGGUCGAAAUCAGGAAGAAGUUACAGUCCAUCUUCUUGGCGGAGCCAAUAUGAGUAGUGAUGGGACGGGACAAGGAGGUGUUACAAAUCACCUAGGAGAACUUUUCACCGGCUCUGGUGACCAGGUCUACGGAGGCCUCGUGUGUUGUGAUGCCUCAGUCAUUCCGACUGCACUAGGUAUCAACCCACUUGCAAUGAUAUCAGCUCUCUCAGAGCGAUCUCUUAGCUUGAUCACCAAGAGAGCAGGUCUCAAAAUUGAUUUUGAAAGCAAGAAUGACAUUCUCGGAGCCCAUAGCAAGCCCAAAGUAUCUCGAAUUCAGCACGAUCCUCAAAGCAGCAUCAGGCAAACCUGCAAAUCAAUAGGUUGGCAAUUUACGGAGAACCUGUUUGGCUAUUUCAGCGAUAGACCCGGAGACCGGGACCCCUUGGUCUCCGAGAGCUUAGGCAGGGGGAGUUCUUGUGCGAUGAGAGUCUUGGCUACGAUAGAACUUUGGCGUCAAGAAGAAGGUCAUUUCGAGUCACAAUAUCAAGGUAUAUGCACCGGGACAGUCUCAUGCCGGGCGUUAUCCAAAGCUACACUCAGAAUUGUCAAUGGAACCGUCGACUUUUUCACGCCGAUUCCUGAUAGAGCUGAAGCGUCGGCCAUUACAUACAACCUAGAUCUGGUCUCGGUAGAAGGGAUCCAGUAUCACCUUGAAGGACGCAAAAUCAUCGACUCGAACGUUGCGUUCUCCGUCAGGAAAGCCUGGCAAGCAACGACAACUAUCGACGUCAACGUCACCCGACGUGACGGUACCAUUGUUGGAUCAGGGGUCCUUCACAUCUCUCUGGCGGACUUUCAGAAACAGAUGAGAACAUUUCGCACCACGGCACCUUUCAAAUUGAGCCUUCUCCUUGCUUUGAUUACCUUUUUCAUCUGCUUUGCCUAUCAAGUUAGCCUCUUCUUUUUCCGCCCUUUCGUUUCGAUGCGCUUCCCCCAAAUCUCGACAGCAAGGAAUGCCGAACCAAAGCAACCAGUGUCUUCUUCAUGCAAGAUCAAAGCGCGCGACGGCGUACAUACACUCUUGGAAAUCUACGAGCCCCUUCCUUUCCAAGACCAGACCGACUCCACGAACAACUUGAGCCCAUCACCGGUUCUUUUUUUGCCGGGAAUCACUGGAACUUGGGCAAAGUACAACGUGUUUGCACUGCCAUUCUUGCGCAGCAACUUGGUCGACUAUUUCACUAAACGUGGGCAUCGCUGCUAUGCAUUGACUCCUCGCUGGAGUUGCGAUCCCUCCGUGGCUCAGAAAUCAACCGUGUUCGACUGCCGUCUCGACGUUGCCACAGCAGUGCAAUACAUUCGAGACAGGGAGCCGCAGAAACCAUACGUGAUAGCCCAUUGUCAAGGCUCCGUCGCUCUCUGCAUGGCUCUACUCGACGGCAUAAUCAGACGUGAUCAACUCCUCGGAAUAACUGCCAACUCGGUAUUCAUGAAUCAAGUGUUUGGAUACUGGAAUUGGGUCAAAGGAAGAACGACACUCAUCAUCCAACUUUACGAGUCCCUUGCUGGAAGUUACUUCCCAGUUGCAAGCAGUGCAAGUGAUGGUUUGCUCCAAAGGGUUCUUGACCAGAUCCUUCGCUUCUAUCCCGUCGGGCACUCGCGAGAUGUCUGCACUUCAACGGCGUGCCAUCGAACCUCGUUCGCAUUCGGGUUGCUAUGGAACCAUGAUAAUCUCGACGUCAGCAUCCACGACAAUGUGCAUCAAUUCUUUGCAAGUACCUAUACAAAGUUGAUGAAGCACUUGGUGCGCAUGGGAACCAAGGGAGUUUGUUUAGAUAACGAUCUACGCCCACUUUUGUCAACAGAGAGCUUACAACGACUACGCGAGUUGCCGAUUUUGUUCAUCUCUGGUACGGACAAUCAAGUCUUUGAUCCAGAAUCUACACUCAAAGACUACGAGUUAUUGCGACGACAGUUUGGGGAGAAGUAUUAUCGCAGGUUUUUGGCGGAAGGAUACGGGCAUCUUGAUCCCAUUGUGGGAAAAUCAGCUUCUGAGGAUGUAUAUUGGACGAUGCUGGCGCAUAUGAGAUGGUGCACUGAGAAUGAUGACGCUGCGAUGAUUGAAUAA